AUGGUUAAUCCAGUGAUAGAUUUGGAUGUUUUAAGGGAACCUGUUGUUGCGAGUAAGGCACGGGUCCAGCAAAAGGCACCGGACAGCAUUUGGUGUAAAGGGUUUCCUCCAUCUUUUGAAGCUUUUGAGGUAAAUGAUUUGCAUUCUGCGAAUCCAUAUACCCAAAGCUCUAACUUUGUUGGACUUCUUAACAGCCAACAAGAGAGUGUUCACUAUGAACCCUUUCCCUUUGUUGACCCCGUCUCUCUCUUUAGUACUCAAGCAACAGGAGCUUCAACCUAUGGUGCGAGAGAAGAUAGAGAAGACUUGUCUGCAGAGAGAAGAGAAAGAAAAAAGUGGACUCCCACGGAUGAUAUGCUACUCAUCAGCUCGUGGUUAAACACGAGCAAGGACCCUAUCGUAGGGAAUAAGCAGAAGUCAGUGGCCUUCUGGAAGCGAAUUGCAGCUUACAUGGCGGCUUGUCCCAAGGCAGAAGGCAGAGAAUUCAGAGAGGCUGGGCAAUGCAAGCAACGGUGGCACAAGAUUAACGAUUUGGUCUGCAAAUUUUGUGGCUCCUACGAGGCGGCAUCAAGAGAGAAGGCUAGUGGACAGAAUGAGAAUGAUGUGCUGAAGCUAGCCCAUGAACUCUUCUACAAUGACCACAAGAAAAGGUUCACACUUGAGCAUGCUUGGAAGGAGCUCAGAAACGACCAGAAAUAG